AAUGGAGUGAGACUCCAUCUCAAAAAAACAAGAAAUCCUUAAAUGCCAGCUACAGUGUGACGUGAAGGUGAGCAAGGGAAAGAGCUAGAGCUAGGGGUGGCAGGCAGAGGAUAGGCAAAGGACAAACAUCUUCACCAAGAUUCACGAUUAGAGAGAAUCAAGUUGGAGAACCUAAAAGAUGUCCAAGGUAAGGAGCAUCACCGAGGUGGGCACCAGAGGACCUUGAGUAGUCACCCACGCAACAGGGACCCUUCCUGGUUUUCAGGUGGCCCAACUUCUUUGGGCAUCUGGCAAAGCCGGCCUCUACCGCACCCAUCCAGGCUCGACCCUCCUGGUCUGGAAAAGCCAGCUUCUCCUUCCAUCUCUCUAUUCUCCUCUGUCUCUCCCCGCUAACGAUGGCAGGACAGGCCCCUUGCCUCCAGAAGUUCUCAGCGUUGGAAGCGACCUGUGCCAAUGGCAUUUCAGGACGGUAGGAGUUUGCUCAUUGGAAGGUGAGGCUGAGAGUCAGAACAUCAAAUAUCCUUUGCUAGGUCAGGCCAGCGCCUCUGAUCCAUCAUGUCAUCGGCCGUCGUUCUUGUCCACCGCAUUCAUUCAUGCAGCUGGUUUUGUUGGGUACUUCGUACGUGCCAAGCGCAAUGUCCUCCGCUCCCACCCUCCGAAACCAACCCUCCCACAGAUGGCUGAUGCUCCGGACGGCUUCUCACGCCCGGCACCGCACAGGGACCCAGGCGUUCCAGCCUCAGCCACUCACAUGUCCCUGGGUCCACGUCCUAAACGUCAUCCCACCUCUGCCUCAUCGCAGACUUCGGCUCUGCCCUCCUCCUCCCACGAUAAUUUGGAAACAAGCCCUUCCUCGUGGUUCUAGACUUAAGUUUUUAAAACCCAGCCUCAUCCCCCCUUAUUAUCCUGGGCAAGGUCUCCCUACGUCUUAUUCCAGACUCCGCAGAAUCUCACCUUGGCUUUGGCCCCAGAGAACCCGGGGUGGGCUGAGUUCUGGCGUUUCACUUGGGCUGUCCUGUGUGUCUUUGCCAGCCUGGGGCCAGACGGUUUAACUCCAGGCGUUUGUAGGAGCGUGUUUCUGGAGGGGGGAGGAAAGGCUUAUAGUCAGAAAUGGCAAAACAGGACAUGAUGUCACUGUUCCCCAUCUCCCGACCAGAGCAGACAUAAGGACCAAUCACGGCAUUUAUUUUUUUUCUCUCUCUCUCACUGAGCCUGAGCUGCUCAGACCCUUUCUGCAGCAGGGACCCCAGGCGGCCACCGUGGAACAGUCGAAGUCCGCGUGAAAGAUGAAACUAACCCGAGGAGACCCCUGGCCACAUGCGCUGUUCUUCCCGCAGGUGGACGACGCCUCCCAGAGGAGGAUGGAGGGAUCGAAUCGGUCCACGGCCACAGAUUUCAUUCUCGCGGGGCUCUUCAGCCACACGGGGCCACACCUGGCCCUGUUCUCCCUGGUGGCCGCCACGUUCGGCGUGGGCCUGCUGGGCAACGGCGUCCUGCUCUUCUUGAUCGGCACGCAGCCCAAGCUGCACACGCCCAUGUACCUCCUGCUCAGCCAGCUGUCCCUGCUGGACGCUGGGUUCCUGCUGGUCACCAUCCCCAAGAUGGCAGCCGACUUCCUGCAGGGCGGGGGCUCCAUCUCCCUGGGGGGGUGCGCGGCUCAGAUGUUCUUCCUGAUGCUGAUGGGCGUCUCCGAAGUCGUCCUGCUGUCCCUCAUGUCCUACGACCGCUACGUGGCCGUGUGCCGCCCGCUGCGCUACGCCGUGCUCAUGAGGCGCCAGGUCUGCCUGCUCAUGGCGGCCGCGUCCUGGCUCUCGGGCGCGCUGGUGGCCUGCGCCCAGACGGCCGCCACCCUGCACUUCCCCUACUGCGCCUCGCGCGCCGUGGACCACUUCUUCUGCGAGGUGCCGGCCCUCCUCAGGCUGUCCUGCGCGGACACCUCAGCCUACGAGCGGGCGCUGUCCGCCUCCGGGGUGCUGAUUUUGCUGGUGCCCAGCUCGCUCAUCGCGGCCUCCUACGGGCGCGUGCUGGCGGCCGUGGUUCACAUGCGCUCGGCCGAGGCCCGGCACAAAGCCUUCGCCACGUGCUCCUCCCACCUCGCCGCGGUGGGGCUCUUCUACGGGGCCGCCGUGUUCGUGUACAUGGUGCCGGGCCCCUACCACAGCCCGCGGCGGGACAACGUGGCCUCUCUCUUCUACAGCCUCGUCACCCCCACGCUCAACCCCCUCAUCUACAGCCUGAGGAACAGGGAGGUCCGGGCCGCUCUGGCCAGGGUCCUCGGCGGACGCGGCUUCGGGUCAAAGGCCUGACCUCUUGGCCGCUAAAUUCUUUCAACUGCAGGAGAAAGAAAAUAACGCCAGUCUCACACAGAUUCGUGAAGGCAAGACAGAAACACUUGCUGGCUCGUUCGAUAAAGCCAGAGAGACCCUGAUAGCGAAACCCAACGAGGAUUUUAGAAGAGGAUAAAAUUAGAGACCCGCAUUCCUCAUCAACACAGCCGUAAAAAAAAACCCUGCAGAAAAAUAGUAGUGAAAUGUCCCAUCGUGCAUAAGAAAGAUCAUCAUGACCAAGCGAGGUUUACUUCAAGAGUACAAGCGGGAUUUGCCAUUUGGUAUUUGAAAAGUCUAUUAGUAUAACGCAGGAUAGUGGCAGAAGGAAAGAGAGAAGCAAGAGGUUAUCUCAGUAGACACUGGGAAAGCAUUUGACAACGUUCAAUACCCAGCAAUCGUAAAAUAAUAAAAAAAAAAACUCAACAAACUACACGCAGAAGGAAAAUUCUUCAAUAUAAUAAAUAAUACAUACAAAAAAACAUACAUCUAACAUCAAACGUAAUGGUGAAAGACUGAAUUCUUCCCCCUCUAAGACUGGGGAGAAGACAAGAAUGCCUGCUCUCAUCAUUUAUAUUUAACAUUGCACGGGAGGUUCUAACCAGUAGAUAAGAAAAAGAAAUAAAGCCAUAAAGAUUUCUUCAAACUGUCCUCUUUCGGGCAACCUGAUUGUGUACAUAGAAACUCAAAAAAAUCUACAAACUACUAGAACUAAUAAAUGAAUAUAGCAAAUGUAGGGGACAAGUUCAAUCUAUUAAAAAUCAAUUAUACUCCCACGUGCUAUCA